AUGGCUACUGCGCAGCCGCUGGAAGCCAGUGAUGAGGAACCCGACAGGAUUCUCUUCGGAAUGAGCGCAGCGGCUUAUUAUGAGCAGAAUAAAGUGGUUCAUUCCUCUGAAUAUAUCACGAAUUCGAGGAACAUCCGCCUCUACACGCAGUCAUGGUUGCCUGCCGAUCGCAAGCCGUUGGCCCUCCUCUUCUUCUGCCACGGCUACGCCAGCAGCUGCAGUUGGAUGAUGCAGCUCACAGCCGCUCGAUUCGCCUCGGAGGGCUUCGCAGUGUUUGGCGUCGACUACGAGGGUCAUGGCAAAUCGGACGGUCUGCGAUGCUCGUUCAGGUCCGUAGAGCAUCUGGUGGACGACUGCUGCGCCUUCUUCGCGUCCGUCAAGGCGAAGUCUGACUUUGCAGGGCUGCCGUCGUUCGUGUACGGGGAGUCGCUGGGAGGCGCAAUCACCAUGACCGUGGCAUUGCGUAAUCCUGACAGCUGGACUGGACUGGUCAUGGUGUCUCCCAUGCUGCGCAUUAAGGAAGAGCUGCAGCCUAGCUGGGCAGCGCUGCAGGCUCUUCGGGUCCUUGCAACGAUCAUUCCUGACAGUGCCUUUGUGCCCACCAAGGGUGACUUGAUCCGGUCCGCGGAGCAACUGGUGGACGACUGCUCCGCCUACUUCUCAUCUGUCAAGGCGAAGCCUGACUUCGCAGGGCUGCCGUCCUUUGUGUACGGGGAGUCGCUGGGAGGCGCCAUCGCCAUGACCGUCGCACUGCGCGAUCCUGACCGCUGGACUGGGCUGGUCAUGGUGUCUCCCAUGCUGCGCAUUAAGGAGGAGCUGCAGCCUAGCUGGGCUGCACUGCAGGAACGCGAGAACCACGUCUACCUUGCUAAGCUCGCGGAGCAAGCCGAGCGCUACGAUGAGAUGGUUUCAUCCAUGAAGGAUGUUGCCAAGCUCGACGUCGAGCUGUCCGUUGAGGAGCGCAACCUCCUCUCCGUUGGCUACAAGAACGUCAUUGGAGCUCGCAGGGCUUCAUGGAGAAUCAUGUCUUCUAUCGAGCAGAAGGAGGAGAACAAGGGCAACGAGCAGAAUGUGGCGAGGAUCAAGGAGUACAGGUCGAAGAUUGAGGCGGAGCUCUCCGAUAUCUGCCAAGACAUCCUCAACAUCAUUGACAGCAAUUUGAUCCCCUCGUCUGGCACUGGAGAGUCGAAGGUUUUCUAUUACAAAAUGAAGGGUGACUACUACCGCUACCUCGCAGAGUUCAAGACUGGCGCUGACAGGAAGGAGGCCGCUGAGCAGUCGUUGAAGGCGUACCAGUCAGCUUCCGAGGUCGCGACUGUCGAUCUUGCACCUACCCACCCCAUCCGCCUUGGUCUUGCCCUGAACUUCUCUGUGUUCUACUACGAGAUUUUGAACUCACCAGAGAAGGCCUGCCAAUUGGCCAAGCAAGCCUUCGACGAGGCUAUUGCCGAGCUUGACACUCUGAGCGAGGAGUCCUACAAGGAUAGCACCCUCAUCAUGCAGCUUCUUCGUGACAACUUGACACUCUGGACGUCUGAUCUCCAGGACGAAGCCGCCGCCAAGGACGAGCCUGCUGAGGAGAAGAAGGAUGAGAAGCCUGCUGACGAGUGA